AUGGUUUUGAUGAGAAGUCUAUUGGGCGCAAAGAAGAUUCUUGGAGCGGCAACAGGCAAAAGGGAAACCUUGGCGGCACCAAAAGGGUUUCUUGCGGUGUACGUAGGAGAGAGUCAGAAGAAGAGAUACGUGGUGCCAAUUUCAUACUUGAGCCAGCCUUCGUUUCAAGCUCUUCUGAGCAAAUCUGAAGAAGUGUUUGGGUUUGAUCAUCCAAUGGGUGGCUUAACUAUUCCUUGUCCCGAAGAUACAUUCAUCAGUGUGACUUCUCAGUUCCAAUGAUGAUUGCUUGACUAUCAAGUUUUGUUUGGGAGUUAGAAAUAGACAUUCAUUGUAAAUAGAUAACAUUUUUCUGUCUAUUCCUGAAAUAGUUGUUUUAAAUUUAGAAAUUAAAUGUUAUUUUUUAUGUAAUAGACCUUAUCAUGCCAACAAAUUUGAAGA